CUCUCUCUCUCUCUCUCUCUCCCCCCUUUGUUCGUUUCUCCUCGUCCGUCCCGUUUCUGUUUCUUUUCUCCCGUUUUUACAAAUUUCUUUAAUUUACCCCCAUCUUUUUUUCUUCUUAUUUUAGCCCCUUAUAAAUUAUUAAAUUAAUUUAUCAGGCUGGCUUGUGGGGGUUUAUUUAUUAAAUUAUUAAUAAAUAGAGAUUGGGCGUGGAAAUUUGGAAGGGUUUCUUUCAACAAAAGAAGAAAACAAAUAUAUUUUGCUGACGUGGCAUGCAUUGGCAGUAGUAGGUUUAGGUUAGAGGGAAGGAAGGAAGGGGCAGGGCAGGAUGAAUACCACCAAAACGAUGCGUUUACCUCCUCGUAGACUAAUGACGUCACCCAGGCCCAUUCCCAGGCCCAUUAAGAGGAAAGAGAGAGAGGGCCUUGAUGAUGAUGAGGCCCACCAACUGUCAUUAACGGCUAAAGUACCGAAGCCGCCGCCGCCACCGCCGCCGUCUCAUUCGAACCAUCUCCUAGCCGGCUACUUGGCUCACGAGUUCCUUACUAAAGGGACCCUCUUCGGCCAGGCUUGGGAUAAACCAGAUCCGGCUAUGGCUUCGGCUUCGGCUUCUUCACCUGCUGAGCCGAGCGAGAAACACCAAGACGAACUGCACCCCAAGAAUUACCAGUCCUACGUGGAGGUAGCUAAUUUGUUGAAACAUAGUGGGCCCCAUUUUCAAGGUAUUGUAAAUCCCACCCAGUUAGCUCGUUUGCUAAACUUAUGAUUUUUCUUUUUAAUAAAAAAAAUAUACUAUUUUUAUCAUGUAUUUUGGAUUACAUUCUAUUUUAGUUUCUAUGUUUAAAUAAAUUUUAAAUUUAACCCUUUCAAUCUAGUAAAAUAAUUAUCAUUAAAUUUUAUAGAAAGUUUAGAGAUAAAAUUAAGGAUUUGGAAUUACAGUACUAAUAAUGGUAUUUUAACAUUUUCUUUUAAUUUUAAUUUUUUUUCUCUUUUCGUAACCUAGCUGUGUAACACAUGGUGUGGACCAUCUUUUUAGGGGGACCGUUUAAAUGUUUAAAUAAGAAUUAAGAAAAUCAAUUCCAUCCACAUUUUAAAUUUCCCUUUUAUUUUAAUGGCAUCAACGAAAAUUUUGUCUCCCUUUUCAAUUGAAUUCUACUCAUAAAUAUUAUAUCCCUUCCUAAUUGCAGAAUUUAUCUGAUUGUUUUUAUUUCAACUGGUUUAUUAUUUUUUUUUCACAGACAUGAUUGAAAGUGAGGGUUUUAAUUUUGAUGAAUUAUUCUUUACAUAAUUAUAACUUUUUUUUAGAGAAUUUACACCACUACUGGCUCUUGGUUAUUGGGUUUGGUAUGUUUGAUAAUUUUAGGAUUAUUAAGGCCGGGCUUGUUAAUUAUUUUGUUUAUGGAUGAAUUGUUUGCCAAAUUCCAAAAACAAAAUUAAGAUUUUAAAAGCUAAGAUUUCAAAUUUUGGCUUGGUUUUUUAAACUAUGUCUAAAAAUUAGAUAACAAAAGAAGAAAUGUGAUGGUGGAAGUAAUGUUUAUAGGUUUGAUUAUCAAAAACAAAAAUCUAAAAAUCAAAUGGUUAACAAAUGGGGACUAAAGGUGUGUUUGAGAUUGAUUUAUGAGAAGUUUGAGAGUGAUUUUGAAAUUGUUGAAAUCACUUUUAUCAUUUUUGAAAUCACUUUGAAAAUGUUUUUAAUCAUUCAAAAACAAUUUUAAUAAUUUUAAUAGUAUGAAAACUGUGUUGAAAUUGAUUUUGACUGAUUAAAAGUGUCAAACAUAUUAAAACAUGACAAAAGUGAUUUUAAUCAUUCGAGUGUGUUUGGAAUACAUUUUCAAAUGUUUAAUUUAAAAAAUAAGUCAUUUUGGAAGAUAGUCAGUUUGACAAUCACUCAAAAUAAAAGUGUAUUUUAAAUUUUUUUGUCAAAAGUAUUUAAAUAACAAUGAUUUUUUAAAAAAAUAUUUUUUCCUAAAUCGAUUCAAAUGCACUCUAAAUCCAUCUUAAACAAUGGGUUUAAGGUGAUUGUGUUGAAUUUUUUUUAUAACUAGAAAAUUUAAGGCAAAUCUGAUAGCUUUUGAGAUUAACUCUCUAAAAAAAUUAAUAAUUAUUUUUAAAGCUGCCACAAAUUCAAACUAAGCCUAAAUUUAAGGUUUUAAGUCUAAGUUGUAAGAAAAUUAUUGUAUUUAUUAAAUCAAUUGUAUUGAAUCAGAGUUGUUGAUAAUCCAAUUUGUUAAAGAGUUUAUUUAAAGUGUAUCUGGUUGGGAAAUUUGGAAUUUGUAAUAAAUUAUAGAUCAUCUAUGCAUUGAUUAUUUAAUUAAAGUAAUAAAAAUUAAAAAGUAGGCCAUCUUAAAAUAAUAAUAAUAAUAAGUAGAUAAAGAUAAUAAAAAUACCAUUGAGUUGUAGGAUUGGCAAAAAUCCCCGCGGGAUCGGGUUCCACCUCGAUUAGGGCGGAGAAUCCCAAUUUGAUCGGGAAUGGGUCUAAUCGAGUAUCCGGUCGAGCAGGAGUGUAUCCCCACCCCAAUCCUCAUUAAUGUUUUAAAUAUAUAUAUAUAUAUAUAUAUUACAAAAAAAAAAAACAA